UACUCUAUAAAAUAUACUCUAGACUAUGAUUAAGGCGGGGCUUGAUAGUUGUAACGAAUUGUCAAUAACUGUCAUCAAAUCUAAACGUAAACGAUACGGAACAAUAAUAUUUAAUUUAAUCUUUAUCUUUAUGUAUUAAUCAAUAUGUUUUUAUAAAUGGAAUUAAUUACUUAGUAACGUUAUAAUUAAAAUAUAUAGAAUAGGAGCAAACGUGCGUGAUGUGGGAACAAAGAAUGAGAUCGACUUGGUUACUUUUAACGGCGUUAAGUUGUGUUUACGGCCAGGGCUCGGAACUGCCUUUCAACCCUAACUACCAGCAACCGUAUCAACCGGACGCCAACCAGAACGGAACUUUCAGGCAAAAUCUGCAGGUGCCCUAUGGCAGCUUCCCGGUUAACGGUAACGACUACACUAAUCCUGCUCAGAGUUCUUUUUAUCAAGAUAGUUUCAAUUCUGAUGUUUACGGCGAGAGGGAAAAUGAAGUUGAUCCACAGAACACGGCCAGUUAUUAUGCAGAGUUAGAUUACGAGGAGCGGUACAGGUGCCCCCCGAAUUGGAUUCGUUUCAGGGAAUCUUGUUAUCGUUUCACCAAAUCACCAGACCGACCGCGUAACGAAGCUCGCAAAAUAUGCCAAGCGUAUGAAUCGGACCUAGCAACUUUGACCAGCCCAGAAGAACACGGGUUUAUUAUCACUAACUUAAUGCGUUUAGAUCCCCAGAAAGGAUCAUGGUACAUUGGCGCUCACCAGCAGACCCCAGGCUAUUGGGUUAACGAAGGUGAUGGUUCUCAAUUGACGGGUUUGGAAAAUGCGUUCUUUGAUGACAGAAAGAUAACAUACACAAGUUACAAUUUACUGCCUAAAGAUUACUUAGUUUAUAGAUUUUCUCAUGAGGAUGGCCGUUGGGGCUUAGCACCUGUUGAGGGCACUCAGUAUUUCCACUUUAUUUGUGAAGGUCAAACGCAGAGAUUGCAUUAUCUGAUAGAGGAGGAACGAUCCUUUACCUAUGGUCUGGAUACUUAUGAUCCAGAGAGACUGCCCCGAGGUCCAUACUUUAUAAAAGAACCAGUGGAUAUAAUCUAUGACCCAAUGAAAAAGAACCAUGUCCAGUUAACUUGCAUCGCUGGUGGAUAUCCAGCACCUACAUACAAGUGGUUCAGAGAAGAUUAUCAAGUCGACAAUCCUAUUUUCACAGAAAUAGAUCCCCUCUCAGAUUCUAGAUUUAUAUUAAGCGGUGGUACUCUUAUGAUAGACAAACCUGACGCUGAAAAUGACAACGCAAAGUAUCACUGUACUGCUACAAAUAAAUUUGGUGUUAUUCGCUCUGAGUCAGUCAGGUUAUCCUUUGGGUUUAUAAGAGAGUUCAAUCAAAAGAGGUCGGUUGAGAGUGGUAAACAAUAUUGGGGUAAAGUAAUGUACUGUGAUCCACCAUCGUAUUAUCCGUCUGUAAAUUUUCUCUGGGCUCGUAACUAUUUCCCAAACCUUGUAGAGGAAGAUAGGAGAGUAUUUGUCUCUUAUGAUGGAGGUCUCUACUUCUCAGCAUUAGAAACUAUUGAUAGAGGAAACUAUAGCUGUAAUGUGAUGAGUAAAGUGUCCGAUGCUGGUAGAAAUGGACCUUUCUUCCCCCUUCUGGUUUACCCACAUUCAGAUUAUCAGCAACUUAAGUUCCCAAUAGGGUUUCCAAAAGUCUUCCCAGAUGCACCAGUAGUAGGACAGGAGGUGAGACUAGAGUGUGUUUCCUUUGGAUAUCCAGUUCCUUCUUAUAAUUGGACUAGGAAAAAUGGUGGGAUCCCUAAACAUGCUUAUUUGAGCAGUUUUGAUCGUGUUUUGACGAUACCCGAUGUGAAUGUUGAAGAUGAAGGUGAAUAUUUGUGUGAGGUACGCAAUGACAGAGCUCGCAUUUCUAAUAGUGUCUAUCUUAAAGUACAAGCUGAACCAAACUUUACAAUUCCACUAACUAAUAAGCAUGUAGACAAUAAAGGUGACUUACAUUGGAACUGUGAAGCUUUUGGUAUUCCUGACGUUAAUUACACAUGGUGGAAGAAUAGUGAGAAACUUUCUAUGGACACAUUAGCAACUGAAGAUAGAGAUAGGUAUGUUAUACAAGAUAAUGUACUCAUAAUCAAGUACUUAGAUCCGACGAGAGACCCUGGCAUGUAUCAGUGUGAAGCCAAAAAUCAAUUAAAAGCUAAAUAUUCGACAGGACAACUUCGUGUUUUGUCUCUUAAACCAUCUUUCAAGAAGCGCCCAUUAGAAUCGGAAACUUAUGGAUCAGAAGGUGGCAAUGUUACUCUUCGAUGUAAUCCGGAGGCGGCGCCUAAACCUACAUUUACUUGGAAGAAGGAUAAUAUUGUUAUUGGAGCUGGUGGCAAGAGAUUUAUAACUGAAAAUGGUAAUCUAAUAAUAAGGCAGCUGUCGAGGGACGAUGAAGGUGUUUAUACUUGUGUUGCUAAAAACCAAUAUGGUACUGAUGAAAGUCGUGGUCGUCUCAUCAUUUUACGUGCGCCACGCUUCAUAGAACGACUACCGCCCCGAAUAACGACACAUGUUGGUUCAGUAAUAUUUUUGCACUGUAACGCAGAUAUUGAUUCUCUAUUAGACACUGCAUAUCUUUGGAAUCAUAAUGGUAUAGGUAUGAGAGAGAACGCUGAUAUUUACGCCAAUAAGCGCAUUAAAAUAGAUGGAGGGGAGUUGACCAUUUAUGACGUGAGUUUAUCUGAUGUGGGAGAGUACGAAUGUAUAGUCAAGUCCGCAAUCGGUCGGAUUUCAACACGUACCCAACUGCGUAUUGAAGGUCCACCUGGUGCGCCUGGAGGCUUACAGGUUAUAAAUAUCCAACGUUCCUCUGUUACACUAGAAUGGACUGACAGUAACCCAAAUGGACGCCCUGUAACCAGUUACGUUAUAACAGGCCGCACUCAAUGGAAUUCGACUUGGUAUGUCGUGAACGAUAAUGUCGCAAACGUCAUGGAAAUCGACAGGUAUAAUGGCCGAAAACGAGCGUCAGUAUCCACAACUUUGAUGCCAUGGUCUGUGUACGAGUUCAGGGUGCAAGGUGUUAACGGCUUGGGGGUGGGGAAACCGUCUUCUCCUAGUCCUCAGUUCUCCACUCAACCGGAUAAGCCGUAUCAAGCUCCGUUCAACGUUGGCGGAGGUGGUGGUAAAAUUGGAGAUCUCACUAUUAAAUGGACACCGCUGCCACAAUCCCUGCAAAACGGCCCGGGCAUUCAUUACAAAAUAUUUUGGCGUCGGAAUAACUCUGAAGUGGAAUUCCAAUCGCUCUUAUUAAAAGAAUAUGGCAACGUUGGAAUGCAUGUCGUACACAUUCCUUUAGACUACUUUUUCACUCCUUAUAACGUUAAAGUCCAGGCCUUUAACGACAUAGGUGCCGGUCCAGAAAGCGACGUAGUUACAAUAUAUUCCGCUGAAGAUAUGCCUCAGGUCGCUCCGCAACAAGUGUAUGCGCGAUCCUUUAACUCUACAGCACUCAAUGUAACUUGGAAUCCUAUUGAUCAGUCCCGCGAGAGAUUACGCGGCAAACUGAUAGGCCACCGCCUCAAAUAUUGGAAGCAGGCAAAUAAGGAAGAGGAGUGCAUAUACUAUCUUUCUAGGACAACGCGGAAUUGGGCCCUUAUUGUUGGAUUGCAAGCAGACAUUUAUUACUUCGUCAAGGUAAUGGCGUUCAAUUCGGCGGGCGAAGGACCGGAGAGCGAGCGCUACUUAGAGCGAACAUUCCGCAAGGCGCCGCAAAAACCGCCUGCGUCUGUCAACGUUUGGGCCGUCAAUCCCAGCACAGUACGCGUCGUAUGGAGAUACGUACAGCCAACCGAUGAGGAAGAACCGCUCAUUGGCUACAAGGUCAGAGUAUGGGAAAUAGAUCAAGACAUGAGCACUGCCAAUGACACUCUAGUACCAGUGGAACAUAAACUUGAAGCUUAUGUGACCAGCUUGACUCCAGGUAAAACAUAUAACUUGAGAGUUUUGGCCUACUCUAACGGAGGUGACGGUAGGAUGUCCUCUCCCCCAAUCACCUUCCAAAUGGGGGAUUACCAUAGUGACGCAUACGGUUACUAUGUGCGAAGUUCUGCAUAUAGAUUAGCAAUCUCAAAAGAAUCUCUAUUGAUUUACACAUUCGUUCUUUACUCUUUAUUCUCUAAGGUAAUUAUUUAAGGUGAAACAUAGAUCAAGGCAGAGGCUAUAUAUUCUGUGUCAUGUACCCGUGAAGUUAAAUAAACAAAAAUAUAGCUUAACUAUAAGUAUAUGUGGAAGAUAUACAACAUACUCGUAUGUACAGAAAUUCCCGCCUCCGCCUGGUUCCUGUGUUUCUAGUGCUUUAAGGAAAUAUGUAGGUUUUAAGAUGCUUAUUUUUUACAUGAUCAAUUUUUAAAGAAUAUUUAAUAUUUUGAUAUUGAUGUUUAUGCAAUAUUCAAUACAAUUACAUGUAAUGCUGACAUUCU